AUGGCCGUCGGCACUCAGCAGGGCGCCUCUGGCCCUGCAAACGGCGUCGAGUCAACAGCGGGAGCAGCAUCUUCGCCCAACACACCAUCGAGGCACGGACGUGCAAGGCAUGCUCGUACCAAUGCCUCGCUCACAUCCAGCUCCGGCAUCACCAGCACCGAUGCUCCUUUCUCCAUGGACACACUUCCUCGCCGUCCGUCCGUGCCGAACGAGGCCACCCGCAUCUUCCAGACAACCGGCUUGGAUCCAUUCGGCACGGAGCCGGACACGCUCUUCCGCUCGCUCCCGGUCAAGGAGGUCGAGGCGUACGAGCGUGCCGUAAGGAGCAUCGCCGUGUCAAAACAACAAGAGCUCCGGGCACUCGUUGGCCAACGCUACCAGGACUUGCUCGGUACAGCCAACACGAUCAUCGACAUGGUCAGAAGCUCGCAGCAACUUACAGAGCGACUCGAGCACCUCUCGAGCGGCUUCCAGCUUGCGGCGGAUGCCAAGGAGAAGCACGACAUGCCAAGCAAGCUUGCCAGGCGCAGGAGCUUUCUGCCCACACAACCUCCAUCCGGGCUUCAAGAUACAGAGGCGUCCGAUCUGCACCAAGAAGCAGUGUACGUGCUCGGUGCUUCCUUGCGUCUCAUCAUGGACGUGCCAGAGUACGUCUGGAAGUCAAUCGAGAAGGGCAAGACUCUUCAAGCCUCCUGGGCAUUCUUGCUGGCAAAGGCCACCUGGAACGAUCUUACCGACGCCUCUUCCCCUCAACAUUCUCAUUCGGCUCUCUUGACCGAUGCAGAAAUGGGAAUAACCUCGACAUCGGAAGCCGUGACGAUGCUCAAGGUCAAUGUCAGGGAAACCUUCCCUUUCAUCGAGAAGCAGUGGCAGAGCAUGCAGCCGAUGCGCAAGCAGAUCAUCCAUCGAGCCCUCCUCCUCCUCUCGGACAUCGAUAUCGAGUCUGCGGCUGUCGCUGAUCAGCUGGCUGCGCUGGUCCUGAUCGACGGGACUCGCCUCGAACAGGCUUUGCAGCUCCUGCUGUCGCACCGACUGACGGCGAUGCGCCGCUUACUCCAACGCCGACGCAAGGGGAGAAAGCCCUCCUCCCACAACAAAGAUGACCGCCGCGCAGCCGCAGCGUCGACACGGAGCCCGGACGCCACAGAAAGCGAGCUUGCGGGCGACAGAGUGGCCAAGGCAUCUCACACGAUCGCACAGCUCACAACGCUGUUCGCGCGAUCGUUGCAACACGUCCUUCAGCUCUUUGUGCUCCCUGCGCGCGCAGAAGAUUCGUCAGAAGCCAGGCCUUGGCUGUUCAGCUUGCUCAAUACCAUCACGAGCACCGAUCAUCCUGCAACGACCGCCAAGCUCGUCUCGUCUCCGACAAGCGAACGUGCUUCUCUGAUGCCUCAGCCAGCCGAUGAUCGGACGCCACGCCAGAAUGCGGCCGCCAUGCGCGCAUUGCGUCGCAAAUCGAGCCACGGCCUUCCGCCGUCUUCGACAGAUCCAAAGCUCGAUUCGGACGAAGGUGUCGAUUUGCCGCAUCCACCGCAGCGACGUGCUGUCAGGAUCUCUACUGCGGAUCUGAUCCAGACUUUGCCCAGCUCGCGUGUCCUCGUCCGGCUCCUGCCGGUGUCUCUGCAGGAGUACGUGCCUCCUCUCGAUCUCGCUUCCCGCGGCAUGCCCGCUCCCAGCCAAGUGAUGGACGAUCUGUCCUCUUGGUCUGCCAAGGCUCGCGAAAUCAUCGUCGGCGCAUCGAACCACGCAGGUACGGAUAGCUUACCGUCAUUACUGGCAGAGCUCUCUGAUGUCCACGAGCUAGCCAAGCUGCGUAGGUCGCUCCGCCUCGCCAUGCAACGCGCACGCCGCAUCGUAUCGCGCAAGCUCGGAGUGACCGACGACACAGAAGACAAGGCACGCCAUUCUGCGCUCGCAAAGGUGCACACCGAGAUGCAGAAGUUCGAAGCGGACAUUGCUUCCGCCUUGCAGGCGCGACUGCUGCAGCUGCUGCAACAGAAACUCUUGGACGCUGCUCAGGCGCUGCUGAAAGAGGCCAAGGCGACAAUCACCUCUCUGGAACGGGACGCUGCAAGCCUUGGGAACGGAGCCGAUGCAGGGGCUGCCGCUGUCGAGAUGCCUCUGGACGCUCUUUUCCAUCCGGUCGAAGCACAGAAUGCAUCCUCGAUGCGGACAGCUCCUUCGUAUGCGGACGAUCUUUCGAAUCCGAUCCGGUCGAGCCGCUCAUACAUCUCGGCGUUGCAAGACGACCUGCGCGGCCGAUCCAACAAGGUAGAAAGCCUAGCGAGCCUGUACGAGACGCCGCUGUCUGCCAUGUCGCGCGAGCUCAAGAUCUACCGCGCUGAGCUCGAAGGCGACGAGCGAUUUGCAGAUGCGAGCGCGGCGAUCCAGACGAGCUUUGACUCGCUCAUUGCAUCUUCGCGAAGCGAAAUCGAGACUGGCCUUUCGGACCUACUGGACCGAUCCGACGGCACGGCGAUUGGCGCAGACGGUGGACUACCGCGAGCCACGUCGCUGGCGAUGCAGCUUAUCGCUGUUUUGGCCACCGCUCAUGGGCAGGAAGAUCAGAGCGCAUCGAGAGCUCUCCGGCCGCCUGUUAAGAAGAUGCUGGAGCGACAUUGGAGGCCUCGGUUGGAGCGAAGCAUAUCGGGCGUAUUCACACGCCCUAGCGGGACCGGCGAGCGCAGGGAUCCCGCCGGAUCGUCCGUCUCGACGUCGACGCUGCAGAUCCUCGCGCUGCUUUCCGAGUCGAUUGUUGAGCUGGGGCCGGCACUCGCAGGUCCCGAGCUCGCCGGUCUUGUACGGCAGAUCCUAGAAGGCGUGGCCGCCUCGCGCGCAGCAGCCUCCACUGCCGUCGAUGGCCAAGCCGCCGCGGAUGCAGCUUCUCUCACAUCGCUGCUCCAAAGCGAGCCGGGCGCAUUGGCUGAGCUCAUCGGCGCGGAUACCAGACUGCAUCGUGUGCGUCUUGCCCUUUCGCCGCUGUUGCUAGCGCUGGCUGCAUCGGCACCCGGCUCGCACGUCGAAGCUCCCAGCGUUCAAUGCAUUGUGCUUGCACGAGCGGAGCCCGCUUCGGCCAUCGGGGAAGUCAGACCCAUCCUUUCGGUCCCUCGCAACAGGAGGCUGGAGCGCUUCUCGCCGCUUCCAGUCCGCUGA